AGGAAAUUUAAACUGCGAUAUUUAACACUCCUUGCCCGCCACGACAUUAUUCGCUCCAUGCUUGCUCGUCCAUCAAGAUGGAUGAAGCUUCUGAGCCAUCAGCGCAACGCGCUCCAGAUUCAUCAAAGACUGAAACCCGUGGGGACGGAGGUCAAAAUGGUGACAAGAAACGCAAGUUUGACGACCGCGACCGCAGGAGAGGCAAAGGCAAGCACCUACAGCACGGCAGCCAUCCUAAUAAGAAGAGAAGUAUGGGACGUAAGGAAGCAUCCCGUGAUCAAUUAGAUCGCAGAGGCCGCAACGAAGCGCAACAAGCGAAGCGCAAGGAGAAGGGGGAAGACGAAGAUUCCAUUUUACCAGCAGCAUUUCCGCAAGAGGAAUUGGAUGCCGAGGCGCGCAGACCGAAACGGAAAGUUGCUGUACUUCUGGGUUAUUCGGGCACAGGGUACAAGGGCAUGCAGAUCGACAACAGACAGAAGACAAUUGAGGGGGAUUUGUUCAACGCAUUUGUGGCGGCUGGUGCCAUAUCUAAAGCUAAUGCCGACGAUCCCAAGAAAUCCUCACUGGUUCGUUGCGCUCGUACUGACAAGGGUGUUCACGCCGCAGGGAAUGUGAUCUCUUUGAAGUUGAUAAUCGAAGAGGAGGACAUUGUCGAAAAGAUCAACAGCCAUCUCUCUGAACAAAUCAGGAUUUGGGGUAUUCAGAGAACCACAGGUUCUUUCAGCUGCUAUCAAGCAUGCGAUUCUCGUUGGUACGAAUACCUGAUCCCGACUCACUCGUUUCUCCCGCCCCAUCCUUCCAGCUUCUUAGGCAAGAAAUUGGAGGAGCUCGCGAUUCAGAAAGAGGACCUGGAGAACUACCGUCAACGACAAGCCGAAGUCGCACAUUUCUGGCCCGAGACAGAGGAAAAGUACAUCAAGCCGAUUUUAGAGAGUCUUGAUGACUCGAUCCGCCCUCUCGUAGAAGAGGCCCUUUAUUCCACCGAAGCCACUGACGCAGCGGAGCCUGAUCCAGUGAUUGAUGCCGCGACCGAAGAGGGCGUGUUGAACAAUGCGAACACGGACGCACCAGCGACCGAUGGGGUCUCAAAAGAGGUUGAUGAGACUGCACGGGAAGCAUCUGCAGAUGGAGUUCAAGCGACAGUUGACAAGAUCCAAGAGCAACAGCCUAAUUUAAAGAUGGACGAUUCAACAGACGGCACCAUUCCGCUUCCCGACUCUGUCGUUAACAAGCCUGCGCUUGAGACUGCCAUCAAAGCCUUGAAGAGGGCAUAUAUGAGUGCCAAGAAGGCCUAUCGUAUCUCUCCAGAAAGACAGAAGCGUGUACAGGAUGCCUUGAACAUAUAUCUUGGAACGCAUAAGUUUCACAAUUACACCGUCCAGAAGAAGUUUAAUGACCGAUCUGCUCAGCGAUACAUCAAGUCGUUCAAAGUUGCGGAUAAACCCAUUAUCAUCAACGAUACGGAAUGGCUAAGCUUGAAGAUCCAUGGUCAGAGUUUCAUGAUGCAUCAGAUCCGCAAGAUGGUUGGAAUGGCCUCCCUAACCGUGCGUUGCGGCACAAAUCCUGCGAUCAUGCAUGAGUCUUUUGGGAAUGUCACAGUCAGGAUCCCGAAAGCUCCAGGACUGGGACUAUUACUGGAAAGGCCAGUUUUUGAUUCCUACAACGAAAAGCAGGCGAAGCAAAAUGGCAGGGAUAACAUCGACUUCAAUAAGUAUAAUAAGGAGAUUGAAGAUUUUAAGGAGCGAGAGAUCUACCAGCGCAUCUUCCGCGAAGAAUCUGAAGGAAACCAGUUCAACACGUUUUUCACCCAUCUUGACAACUACAAAGAUUCAACGUUCUUAUUUCUUACCUCCGGGGGCAUUGAAGCGACAAAGAAGAAGCUUGAGAAUAAGGCCAUACAAGGCAAGUGGGAGGACGAAUCGGACGAUGAGAAUGCUUCUGGUGGAGAAGGAUAGGUGACUAGACGCAAAGAUAUAGACCCAUCUCCCAUGUCCAGCAGAAUAAUCUAUGCACAUUUCUGCACUGACGCCAUCUUCUUCUACCGCGUACAUGACCAAUCUAUGAAGAAUGUAGCCCAUUACUGCUAUCGCCUACUCACGCAUCUGAACGAAGAUGGGUGUUGCCCCACCGAAUAUUCUACAUUCCCGAUGUCAUUUGGUGUUUUCCUACUCGUACGAGGUAUGAUUAACUGUUGUGAGUGACGUUCCGUAAAUAGGAACAAGGCGGGAAG